AUGUGCUUCAUAGUGACAGACUUGCCCGUUUCCGUCACCCGGAGCUGGUUAAAACUUGCGGCAGCAGUCCCCGAGAUCCUCAGCCCUCUCGGUGAGAUCCGGUGCUGUCACCGCCUCAGCCGAGGUACGUGGCUGUGGCGAGGGGGACUGCAGCUAGGGAGUUACCGCAGGUUGUUGGACCUUGCCCAGCGCGAGCGGGUCCUCAGUGCACCAGGACGGAUGGUCCCCAGAGUCCCUGGCAAGAAGCUGGAGAAACCAACAGCCUCGUGUCCUCACCUGCUGCCUUCUACUCCAAGGUGGGCGUUAUUGUACCAAAUGAUGGGCCUCCUAAGUGUGCAAUAUGUGGACAUGGGUGUGCAGGACGGCAUGCUUCCAUCAGGAUGGCUUUGUCAGGUUAGCAUCCUGACCCAGAGCAAACCAAGCGAGUCGCGAGUGUCAGAGCGCCAUCACGCCUUGGUCCAUCGCAGGCCUGGCAGAGAGAGCAAUCACCUCACAGACUUGUACCGAAAAGAAGAGACCAUCAGCGUGGCAGGGAACGGCUGCAUCCACAGUCCUCGCUUCCCCAGCAGUUACCCCAGGAACCUCCUGCUGACGUGGCGGCUCCACUCCCCGGAGAGCACCAGGAUCCAGCUGGCUUUCGAUAAUCAGUUUGGCCUGGAGGAGCCUGAAAAUGAUAUCUGCAGGUAUGACUUUGUGGAAGUGGAAGAUAUAUCGGAGACUAGCACGGUUAUACGAGGACGGUGGUGCGGACACAAGGAAGUACCUCCAAGAAUAACAUCAAGAACAAAUCAGAUAAAGAUAACCUUCAAAUCCGAUGACUACUUUGUGGCUAAACCAGGAUUCAAGAUUUGUUACUCCCUUGUGGAUGAUUUCCAGCAUGCAGCCUCAGAAACCAACUGGGAGUCAGUCACAAGCUCUGUCUCAGGGGUAUCCUAUCCCUCUCCAUCAGUGACUGACCCUACGCUCACGGCAGAAGCACUGGAUCAGACUAUUGCUGCAUUUGACACAGUGGAGGAUCUGCUCAAACACUUUAACCCAGACUCCUGGCAAGAAGAUCUUGAGAACUUGUACACAGACAGUGGCCACCAUUAUCGAGGCAGGAGCUACCAUGACAGGAAGUCCAAAGUUGACCUGGACAGGUUGAAUGAUGAUGUGAAACGUUACAGCUGCACUCCAAGAAACUACUCUGUCAAUUUAAGGGAGGAACUGAAGCUGACAAAUGUAGUUUUCUUCCCCCGCUGCCUCCUCGUCCAGCGCUGUGGAGGAAACUGUGGCUGUGGGACUUCGAACUGGAAAUCCUGCACGUGCAUGUCAGGGAAAACAGUGAAAAAAUAUCAUGAGGUGCUGAAAUUCGUCCCUGAGGCUGGGCAUCCCAGAAGAAAAGGCAGAACCAGGAACAACAUGGCCUUAGUAGAUAUACAGCUGGAUCACCAUGAGCGUUGUGAUUGUAUCUGCAGUUCAAGACCACCCCGAUAA